AUGGCGUCGCGGUACGACCGGGCAAUUACUGUUUUCUCCCCCGACGGACACCUCUUCCAAGUGGAAUAUGCCCAGGAAGCAGUGAAGAAAGGGUCCACAGCGGUUGGAAUUCGUGGUACCAAUAUAGUUGUACUUGGGGUGGAAAAAAAAUCUGUUGCCAAGCUUCAAGAUGAAAGAACUGUGAGGAAGAUUUGUGCUCUCGACGACCACGUCUGCAUGGCUUUUGCAGUCAUUCUUUUUUUUAAUGUAUCAACUACUUCUAUAGGACUGACUGCUGAUGCUAGAGUAGUGAUAAACAGAGCCCGCGUGGAGUGUCAGAGCCAUAAGCUUACAGUUGAGGACCCAGUCACUGUAGAAUAUAUAACUCGCUUCAUAGCAACCUUAAAACAGAAAUAUACUCAGAGCAAUGGACGAAGACCUUUUGGUAUUUCUGCCUUAAUUGUGGGUUUUGAUGAUGACGGUAUCCCAAGAUUGUAUCAGACCGACCCCUCUGGUACUUAUCAUGCUUGGAAGGCAAAUGCAAUAGGCCGAAGUGCUAAAACUGUCCGAGAAUUUCUAGAAAAGAAUUACACAGAAGAUGCUAUAGCAAAUGACAAUGAAGCUAUCAAAUUAGCAAUAAGAGCUUUAUUAGAAGUUGUCCAGUCUGGUGGCAAAAACAUUGAACUUGCUAUAAUAAGAAGAAAUCAACCAUUGAAAAUGUUCAGUGCCAAAGAAAUUGAAUUACAGGUCACUGCAAUAGAAAAGGAAAAGGAAGAAGCAGAGAAGAAAAAAUCAAAGAAGACUGUCUAA